CCGGGAGGAGCCCCGGCCGGUCCUCCGCGCCUCCGGAGCCGGCUGUGACAGCGGCCCCGCGCCCCAGGUCGCCGCCCAGGUCUUCGCCGGAGGAGCCGCCGCCGCAGGAUGCGCGGGGACGCGCCGCCCCGGGUGCCCCGUUCCGCGCACGCCUCUCGGGCGGCCCCGGGCUCCUGACGCGUGCUCGCCCUCCGAGCAUCCCGGGGCUACCCUCUCCGUGACCUCCGGACCCCGGACCUCGCCCCUCCGGGUGGGGGUGGGGGACCCCGGCCGGACCCGCGCCUCUCGCCCCCCGCGCGCGGCGCGCACCAUAGAUUAAUGCUUGGCGCUUGAGGAGGUGGGGGAGGAGGAGGAGGAGGCGGCGGCGGGCGCCGCGGACGCCGCUCUCGCCCGGCUGGAGACGACGCUUUUCGGCCGACAUGGGCUGCUUCUGCGCCGUCCCGGAAGAAUUUUACUGCGAAGUUUUGCUCCUGGACGAGUCCAAGCUGACCCUCACCACCCAGCAGCAGGGCAUCAAGAAGUCGACAAAAGGUUCCGUUGUCCUUGACCAUGUUUUCCGUCACAUAAACCUCGUGGAGAUAGAUUAUUUUGGGCUGCGAUACUGUGACAGAAGCCAUCAGACAGUGGCUCAUGUGGCUUCCAUUUUUGCUACCAUCUUGCAGGGUCAGGCACCGUCGGAAGCCGAGCUGAAUUACCUGCGGAUUGCCAAAUCCCUGGAGAUGUACGGUGUUGACCUCCAUCCUGUCUACGGGGAAAACAAGUCCGAGUAUUUCUUAGGAUUAACUCCGGUGGCCGUGGUUGUCUAUAAGAAUAAAAAACAAGUGGGGAAGUAUUUCUGGCCUCGGAUUACGAAGGUGCACUUCAAGGAAACCCAGUUUGAACUCAGAGUCUUGGGGAAGGAUUGUAACGAAACCUCGUUCUUUUUUGAGGCUCGAAGCAAAACUGCCUGCAAGCACCUCUGGAAGUGCAGUGUGGAGCACCACACGUUUUUCAGAAUGCCAGAAACAGAGUCGAAUUCAUUGUCAAGAAAACUCAGCAAGUUUGGGUCCAUAAGUUAUAAGCAUCGGUACAGUGGCAGGACAGCCUUGCAAAUGAGCCGAGAUCUUUCCAUCCAACUUCCCCGGCCCAAUCAGAUCGUGGUGAGAAGUCGAAGCAAGACUUACCCCAAGAGGGUAGCACAAACACAGCCAGCUGGCUCAAACAACAUAAGUCGGAUAACUGCAAACAUGGAAAAUGGGGAGAAUGAAGGAACAACUAAAAUUAUUGCACCUUCCCCAGUGAAAAGUUUUAAGAAAGCAAAGAAUGAAAACAGCCCUGACACCCAAAGAAGCAAAUCUCAUGCACCCUGGGAAGACAAUGGACCCCAGAGUGGACUCUACAACUCUUCCAGUGACCGCACCAAGUCUCCAAAGUUUCCCUGUACCCGGCAGCGUAACCUCUCGUGCGGCAGUGACAAUGACUCCACGCAGCCAAUGAGGCGAAGGAAAACUCACAACAGUGGCGAGGACUCAGAUCUAAAGCAAAGGAGGAGGUCUCGCUCACGCUGUAACACAAGCAGUGGUAGUGAGUCAGAAAAUUCUAACAGAGAACACCGGAAGAAGAGAAACAGAGUGCGACAGGAGAACGACAUGGUGGAUUCGGCGCCUCAGUGGGAAGCUGUGUUAAGAAGACAGAAGGAGAAGAACCAAGUGGAUCCAAACAACAGGCGUUCAAGACACAGAUCUCGCUCGUACGUGGGUUCUUUUCCCGCUCUCCUUCAAACUCAGGGAGCGUGACGGAGAGGCUUGUUCUCCUAAUGAGGCAUCUUUUAGACUGGGAAUAUCCAGGUUUUUCAUUUGUUGUUUUUCCCUUCUUACACGUGUGACAUUCAUUAACCACUUUUGAAGACUUAGAAAUUGGAGCUCAGGCAGA